UGGGAAGUUCCCAAAAAACCCGCUUCGAACUUACUUGAACAGUGACUGGAACCAAGACAACCUUCCAAGCCUCUUCAACAUUUUUUUUAUUUCCUCCAGAGCAACCUAUCAGAUCAUACAAGGUAGCUUUGGACGAAUCGACGAAUGAAUGACUGGAUGCUGCGUUUUCUAGCCAGCUAGCUUUUGCCUCCUUCCUUAUUAUUGUUAUUAUAACAUAUCAACACAAGCCGUCAUCUAUCUCAUCCAUCUAUCUAUCCGCCUCUACCUCCCCCACUACUAUUUCUAGUAAUCUUCAUCAUCAUCAUCAUCAUCAACCCGAGAACACCCGGUGCCACUUGAUUGCAUCCUUCCACAAGGUUAACUAAGCAAACAAGUAACAAAAAUAAACAUCACUUAAUCAUAACCAUAACCAUACACAUACACAUACACAUACACAGCCAUGACGACCGAAUGGCGAGAAUCUAAAUUAAGGGGCCUUGCCCUUCAACCCAAGGCCACCGCACGACCCCCGUACUCUAUCGAGUCGCCAGGAGCCGAAUCUGUCGAGGGCGAGACGAAACCGCGCCGACAUCCUCUAACAGCCGACGGACUCAUCACAAGACCUGCCGAUGACAUUACCACCGUAUACGAGCUCCUACGUGUAAGCGUCGCUAAGUAUGGCAACGCGAAGGCCAUGGGCUCUCGUCGCCUGGUGCGAACCCACCAGGAAACCAAGAAAGUAAAGAAGAUUGUGGAUGGCAACGAGCAACAAGUAGACAAGGCCUGGACAUUCUUCGAGCUCGGCCCCUACGAAUACCUUACAUACAAUGACUUCGAGAAGCUGGUUCUGAACAUUGGUUCUGGUCUGAGGAAGCUUGGGAUGAACAAGGGAGACAGAGUUCAUAUCUUCGCUGCCACGAGCGCCAACUGGUUAACUACAUCUCACGCCGCCUCUUCCCAAUCGAUGCCCAUCGUCACCGCUUACGACACACUCGGCGAGGAGGGAUUAAGGCAUUCGAUGGUUGCGACGGGUGCCAGAGCUAUCUUCUUAGAUCCUCAUUUAAUACCCACUCUAGGCAACGUCCUCAAGGAUGCUACCGAAGUUCGAUAUGUUGUUUGGAAUAACCAACACCAGGUUAGACAAGAACACAUCAACAACCUGAAGAGUGCCUAUCCCCACAUCACAGUUGUGAGCUUCAAGGAGUUGGAAAAGCUCGGUAGGGAGAACCCUUUUGACCCGGUUCCUCCUACUCCCGAAGAUCUCUGCUGUAUCAUGUAUACCUCGGGGUCCACGGGCACACCUAAGGGUGUCCCCCUAAAACACAAGAACCUCGUUGCUGCUGUCGCCGGUGUUAGUGUUGUCGUCCAACCAUUCAUCGGCCCUGGCGAUGGUUUAUUAACCUACUUACCCUUGGCUCAUAUCCUUGAGCUUGUCUUCGAAAACGCCUCCUUGUAUUGGGGCUGCACUAUGGGUUACGGCAACCCGAAAACUCUGUCUGAUACCUCGGUGCGCAACUGUUUCGGCGAUAUUCGCGAAUUCAAACCCUCCGUACUAGUCGGUGUUCCGGCAGUCUGGGAGUCGGUUAAGAAGGGAAUUACAUCCAAAGUACAUGCAGGCGGGCCAGUUGUCCAAAACAUGUUCUGGGGUGCGUUAGCAUUGAAGAGCAGACUAAUGGCAACCGGCCUUCCCGGAUCCAGCAUACUGGACACUGUUGUUUUCAAGAAAAUCAAGGAAGCCACUGGUGGUCGACUCAAACUCUGUCUUAACGGUGGCGGCCCUGUUUCGAAAGAUACCCAGCGAUUCAUCUCUAUGGCGAUCGCACCGAUGAUUAUUGGUUAUGGUCUUACUGAGACUAAUGCUAUGGGUUCUCUUAUGAGCCCCCUUGAAUGGUCGUCUGAGACAAUUGGUGCGAUGCCAGCGUGCAUUGAGAUCAAGCUUGUCGACUUCCCAGAUGCUGGUUACUAUGCGACCAACAAGCCGAACCCGCAGGGUGAGAUAUGGAUCCGAGGUGAAAGCGUGGCGGAAGAAUACUACCAAAACGAAAAGGAGACCCAGGAGAACAUGGCUCCUGGUGGCUGGUUUAAGACCGGCGAUAUUGGCGAAUGGGACCCCAAUGGUCAUCUGAAGAUCAUCGACCGCAAGAAGAACUUGGUCAAGACGUUAAACGGCGAAUACAUUGCGCUAGAGAAACUUGAGUCCAUUUACCGAUCAGCUCACGUAGUGGGCAACAUCUGCGUGUACGCUGAUCAAUCCAAGGCUAAACCCAUCGCAAUCAUCGUUCCGUUGGAGCCUGCCCUGAAGAAGCUAGCCGCGGAGAACGGUAUAGCAGGAGCUAGUAUCGAAGAGCUUGUCCACGACAAGAAGUUGAACGGCCUCGUGCUGAGGGAACUCCAAAAUGUCGGACGACUUGGUGGUCUUUCCGGCAUUGAAAUUAUCGAGGGAGUUGCUCUAUCCGAUGAGGAGUGGACACCGCAAAACGGUCUCGUAACCGCUGCCCAGAAGCUUAACCGCAAGGGCAUCCUCAACAAGUACCAGAAGGAGGUGCAAGCAGCCUACGGUUCUUCGAGCUAGGCGUCUCAGAACGAUGGUGACUCAUCUCGACCCUGGUGGAUUGACUCAAUCAAAACCUGGUUAGGGAUCGACAUCAUAUAAGUCGACUUACUAGUCGACUGGAAUUCGUUCGUAAGGGUUUGCGGGCGUGAAGGGGGAUAACGGCGUCGCGAGUUCGAGAUUGUAACUAGAAUUGACGAGAUGUGACGACGCCGUGUUUUCUCUAUCUUCUCUUCGGGGGCGGUUUAAUGGGGUUGCCUGAUUACUUGUUUGGCUGAGCGUGUUCUCGUGUAUACACAUUUGUAGAAAAUUAUUAGUGAAGAACGUUUGGCUUCUUGACAUCGUUUUAAGUGAUGCGUGUUGUGAAUGUAGACGUGGCCAGACGGCUUGGAUCUUGGGUACGUGUGCUGGACAAUGUACAAAUAUUUAAGUAUGGGAAAGUCGUGAUCGGCAGAGGCUGAGCUGUGGAGUCAUUGCCGAGUAAUAUUCAGCUCCGGGCGUGAUCCUCUUUAUUCGAGUAGAAUAGCGCUCCGCGCGUAGAAUACGGCGUAUCCCUACAUACCUAGGUAAUACCUAAUUCGUUUCGAGC